AUCCUGCACAGCUCAGCGUCAGUCACAACAAAGGAGAUGCGUUGCCUGUUAACAACCCAGAGCCAGAACUUCUACCGAGAGCAGAUUCAGAAGGAGAUGUUGACCCGUUUAGCCUGGAAGAGCCGCUAUGCUAAGCUCUACCCAUCCAGCUACAAUCCCCGAAACAACAGCACAGAGCCAACACAGCUGCCACAGCUGGCUGCUGACCCCCGGGCUGUCCUGCCUCCUGUUACCAGGACAACUGAGAAGCAGAGCAACCUUCCUCCUUCUCGUUCUCAUCCUCCUCCUCAUCCUCCUCCUCCUCCGCCUGUGGUCUCUUCGGAAGGGGAGGGCCAGCUCAGUGUGGCCCCGCUGAUGAGGCCAGUCUCUCCUGAGACCAGACACACUCUCUAUCAGGACUCCUCACAUAACGGGAAAGGGCGGAGUCUGUAUCUGCAGAGGCGCCGCCACAUCAGACCUGAGGAGAAGUUUGAUUUUCCCGUGCUCUCCUCCUGGGAGUAUGGAUGGAGGCUGGGUGAUUACUCGCUGGAUUACAGAACUCCAUCCUGCGCAAAGUCGUCAGUGGUGAAGAAUACGUUCUAUGCCAGGAACGGUGUGUUUAGCAGCCCGUCGGCCAUCGACACACUGGGCUGAAGUUCUGCCUUCAGACACCAGGGGUCGCUCUCUAAUGAAACUGUAGAACAGCAAACUUAUAUGGCUUUUAUGUGACAGACACCAUUCAUGUUGGUUUUAAGACCAGCCCGUUUUCAUUUCCAGAGCGUCGAAUACCAACACCCAGGAAACCAAAGAUCGUGUCCUGUGUGAAACCAAGUCACCCAUAUUUCAACGUAACGUUAUACAAUUAUGUACGUUAUGUAAUUUCUUUUCUAAACCUAGCCACAACAUUAACCUUGUGUUACAAUGUGUUUCAGUUGUGUGUCACAUAGACCCGUUAUGUUCCCUGUACAUCACUGCGAGACCCCAAGGAGUGUGACAAAGCCUCGGUAUUCAACCACCUGGGAAUGAGACCCGACAGCAGGUUGUUUAGGACACACACAGAUUUGGAUUUAAUGGCCAAACAAAUUCCAAAAUGUGCCCCAGCUCAUGUCAGUUUGGGGUUUGGGGGUAUUAUUAACCAUUUUUAGAUCAUGUGAAAUGGCACCUUUGGGAGUGAAUAUACAAUCUUAGCCAUUGGUAAUGCUUAAAUAAAACUUCCAUUAAAAUUGCUGGUUGUUUUUUUUUUGUUUUUUUUCAUUUUACCAGGCUUUCCAAUAUUUCUAAAGGUAAUUAUUGAGUGACUUGAUUUAAAAACUCUAGUGUCAGAUGUUAGACAUCAACAGGAAGAGCAAUAAAUGGUCAGAUAGAACAAAUCUGUAAGACCAACACACAUUUACGAUGAGGUU